AUGACAAAGGCUGUCUUGAGCAAGCUGACUCCAGCAUUACAUUACUUCAUACCCAUCAUGCAGAAGGAACUUGAGGCCGCUACGUCUGAGGAAACGCCCGAAUGCAAAGACGAAUGGAAGGAGGUAGAUUUAAUGCGCCUUCUAAACCGGAUCACCACCCGCAUGUCCGCUCACUUCAUCGUCGGACCUGACCUUUGCAAGAACGAAGCGUGGCUGCAAGCGUCGAUCAAGUACACAGAAACGGCUAUUCCGACAGGCAUUAUACUCAGACUCUUCCCGACCUUCCUUCACCCUUUCAUUGUCCAUCUUCUACCAGUCCGAUGGGGAGCAAAACACUGCGUUAGAGAAGCUCGACGUCUCAUCGUCCCACUUGUGGAACGACGUCGAAAAGAGCAAGCAGAGAGUCCUCAAGGCUACGUGAAACCAAACGACUUUGUACAGUGGAUGAUGGAUCUUGCGAAAACUGAGAACGAGAGCGAUCCUACCAACAUAGCACACCGAGCGUUGAUCAUGAGCCAAGCGUCGAUUCCGCCUGCGGCACUAACGGCAACACAAGUGCUGUAUGACCUCUGCGCUUAUCCGGAAUACAUCGGGCCUAUACUAGAAGAAGCUCUCGCUGCGAUCAAAGAGGACGGCGACUUAAACCAGAAGACAUUAUUCCGAAUGCGCAAGCUGGACAGCUUCAUGAAAGAAUCUCAGCGGGUGAAUCCCCCGCAACUACUGAGUUUCCAACGCUAUGCCGCCAAGUCACUGACCCUCUCCGAUGGCACCCACAUCCCCAAAGGCACACAAGUCUGUGUGGCUGCCAGUUCCAUAUCAGCGGAUCCGCAGAUCGUUCACGACCCAGAGCGCUUCGAUGGAUGGCGUUACUACUACAAGCGUCUUGUCCCAGGCGAAGAGAACCGUCACCAGUUCUCUAGCAUAGACACCGAGUGGCUGCACUUUGGAUACGGGCCCCAUGCGUGCCCAGGCCGCUUCUUCACUGCCAACGAGGUCAAGAUGAUUGUGGUUCACUUCUUAACCAAGUACGAACUUGCAUUUCGCCCGGGUGAAGGAAGACCGAAGAACCAGGUUCAUGACGAGUUGGUGUUUCCGGAUUUGGCUGCGAGGAUAUUGAUUCGGGAAAAGAGAAUUGCAGACACGUUGUAG